UUUCCCUCCAGCUAACCGUGUACAAAAGUUUAAACCAACCAAUCUGAUGGGGAAUUAUAAAUCAAGACCCACUCAAACCUGUACAGAUGAGUGGAAAAAGAAAGUAAGUGAGUCAUAUGCUGUUAUAAUUGAGAGACUGGAGGAAGACUUGAAAAUUAAGGAGGAGGAGUUCAAGGAACUCAAGCAUGUUUUCAGCUCAGAUGAAGCAUUUAAUAAAGUCAAUCUGAAUUAUCGCACAGAGGGUGGACUGUCCCUGCUGCAUCUCUGCUGCAUAUGUGGAGGGAAUAAAGCUCACAUCAGGACCCUCAUGCUGAAAGGUCUGCGUCCAUCCAGACUUACCCGGAAUGGAUUCACUGCACUGCACCUGGCUGCAUUCAAGGGUAAUGCUGAACUGGUCACUGCGCUGCUGCAUGGUGGAGCAGAUAUCCAGCAGGUGGGGUAUGGAGCCCUCACGGCCCUACAUAUAGCUACUGUGGCCGCCCAUCUUGAGGUUGUUGAUAUUCUCUUGCAACACGGGGCUUAUGUCAGUGUCCAAGAUGCAGUGUUCUUCACCCCUCUGCACAUUGCAGCUUACUUUGGCCAUGAACAGGUAUGCAAGCUCCUGAUGAAGUUUGAGGCUGAUGUCAAUGCGAGUGGAGAGGUGGGGGACAGACCGCUUCACCUGGCCGCAGCUAAAGGCUAUCUGGGCAUUGUCAAACUGCUGAUGGGUGAUGGCAGCAAAACUGAUGUCAAUGCUCAAGACAACGAGGACCAUGUUCCCCUUCAUUUCUGCUCUCGAUUUGGACACCAAGAGGUUGUCCGUUUCCUUCUGCAGGGCACCUUUGACAUACAGCCACACUCUGUGAACAUCUAUGGUGACACACCUCUCCACCUAGCUUGCUACAAUGGAAAGUUUGAAGUGGUGCAGGAGAUUAUUCAGUUGUCGGGCACAGAGAGUCUGUCUAAGGAGAACAUCUUCAGUGAGACAGCUUUUCACAGUGCCUGCACCUACGGCAAGAACCUGGAAAUGGUGAAGUAUCUGCUCAGUCAGAAUGCCGUGAGCAUCAACCAUCAGGGGCGAGAUGGACACACAGGUCUGCAUAGUGCCUGUUUCCAUGGACACAUCCGACUGGUCCAGUUUCUUUUGGACAACGGGGCAGAUAUGAAUCUGGUAGCUUGCGACCCCAGCCGCUCCAGUGGGGAAAAGGAUGAACAGACAUGCUUAAUGUGGGCCUAUGAGAAAGGCCAUGAUGCCAUUGUUACUCUGCUAAAACACUACAAACGACCUCAGGAUGAUUCACCCUGCAAUGAGUAUUCUCAACCAGGAGGGGAUGGAUCUUAUGUUUCUGUUCCUUCUCCCCUGGGAAAGAUAAAAAGUAUGACGAAAGAGAAGGCAGAUGUGCUUCUCCUGAGAGCAAGUCUUCCAUCAAACUUCCACCUUCAACUUUCUGAACUGGAGUUUAACGAGAUUAUUGGAUCAGGCUCCUUUGGAAAGGUCUACAAAGGAAGGUGCCGCAAUAAGAUAGUUGCAAUUAAACGGUACCGCGCAAACACAUACUGCUCAAAGUCAGAUACAGAUAUGUUCUGUCGGGAGGUGUCCAUCCUGUGUCGUCUCAACCACCCCUGUGUGAUCCAGUUUGUGGGGGCAUCUUUGGACGACCCCAGUCAGUUUGCCAUUGUAACCCAAUAUGUGUCCGGAGGAUCACUGUUCUCAUUGUUACACGAGCAGAAGAGAAUCAUCGAUCUGCAGUCCAAGCUCAUCAUUGCCAUUGAUGUAGCGAAGGGCAUGGAGUAUCUGCACAAUCUGACCCAACCAAUCAUUCACAGAGACCUCAACAGUCAUAAUAUUCUACUGUAUGAAGAUGGACACGCUGUGGUGGCUGAUUUUGGAGAGUCUCGCUUCCUGUUGUCUGUGGAUGAGGAUAACCUGACUAAACAACCUGGGAACCUGCGUUGGAUGGCCCCAGAGGUGUUUACCCAAUGUACACGCUACACGGUGAAAGCGGACAUGUUCAGCUAUGCUCUCUGCCUGUGGGAGCUGCUCACAGGGGAGAUUCCAUUCGCACAUCUCAAACCAGCUGCAGCUGCUGCAGAUAUGGCGUAUCAUCAUGUCCGCCCUCCUAUCGGAUACUCGAUUCCCAAACCCAUCUCAGCACUGCUGAUGAGAGGCUGGAAUGUCUGUCCAGAGGAAAGACCAGAGUUUUCGGAAGUGGUUGCCAAACUAGAGGAAUGCCUGUGUAACGUGGAGCUAAUGUCUCCAGCCUCCAGUAACAGCAGUGGUUCUCUUUCGCCCUCAUCCUCCACUGACUGCCUGGUAGCACGUGGUAGUCCUGGACGAAGUCACGUAGCUGCCCUUCGCUCGCGUUUUGAGUUGGAAUAUGCCCUCAACGCCCGUGCCUAUGCAUUUUGGACCCAAAACUCUGGUCGGAGGUCUUCACAGGGCUUGUCCCUGGAUGAGCUGAGGAGGAACAUGCAGUUCCCACCCAUUGACCGAAACGGAUAUGUGUCAGAUCCCAUGAGCACCAUGCGUUUCCAUUCAUGCAGCAGCAAUGGAAGUUUUGAGGACAGCAACUAGAAGCAGCAACUCUCUGAAGAACAUCACACGCAAACACACUUGCAUAAAUGACAUGUCUGA